AUGUUCCACGUCAGCGGUCUGCCUGAAUUCACCAGUCUUCAUCAACUUGAUGAACACGCAGAGCCUAGAUGCCUAACCAUAUCACCAGAUAAUGCUUACAUAGCCAUCGGUUUCGGUGCAAAGGUUCUUCUUUUUCGCUACCAAGGAGCGGAGCAGCAAUGGCUUAGGAUUUUACAUGUACUUGAGUUCGAUUUUGCUGCUAACAUCCGCUUUCAAGCACUAAGCUUCUCAGCUGACAGUACAUGUCUGGCUGUGGCUUCGCAGAAGAGAGGAACCACCAGGACACAAGACGACGACACAGUCUACAGUAGCGUCUGGCGAUGCGAGCCAGGGGCGAAUGCUCCUCUAAAGCUCUGGACUUGUCAGAUGCCGACGGACGGACAAGGACUCACGGCGAUACAUUUCCACCCGGCCCUCUCACUUGGCAUGGUCAUCGGUCUUAUCGCAACUCCUUAUCCACUCUUCCUCUCGCCCGCCACCCAGACAUUACCCCCUAUCCCCACAACGAUUUCAGACUUCCGUAUGCGUUGUUGCUGUACUUCGCCGCCACCCAGCAGUAACAUUCUUUACCUGAUGGAUGUUCGUAACAGAGUCUUCCAGGUUGAUCUUCAGUUACAAAGCCUGAGGCAAAUUGCUGACCUGAACACCAUGCGAGGUGCUUUGAAGCCGCAGGAAGAGGCAGCAGCACUGAGCAUCACUCCAGAUGGACUAUUGAGAGUGUUUUGGAGGCAAGCACAAGAUCUAUGGUGUGUUGAAAUCAAGGAGCAUUUGAUGCCGCAAAAGAAGAACCUCCGCGACAUAUGGGUGGAGGCGGUUGGGGAUGGGUGA